AUGAAAGUUACAAUGCAAGGGAUUGCAUAUCUGAUUGUGGUGUUUGUGACCACAUGUUUGACAUCACUUGCCAUCAACCUUGUAUGGAAUCAAAAUCUUAUAAUUGCUCUGGCGUUUGCUUUAUUCUUUGGUUCGAUAGAGAUUCUCUUCCUGUCAUCAUACAGUGUGAAAAUCCUUAAAGGUGGCUGGAUACCGCUCGUGCUUUCUGCAGUCUUCAUGGUUGUUAUGUAUGUGUGGCAUUAUGGUUCUAGGAAAAAGUAUUUAUUUGACAUGCAUAACAAAAUUUCAAUGAGGUCGAUCCUUGCAUUAGGUCCUAGUCUUGGGAUUGUUAGAGUUCCUGGAAUGGGCCUUAUAUACACUGAAUUGGCUACUGGAGUCCCUGCCAGUUUUACUCAUUUUUUGACAAAUCUGCCAGCUUUCUACCAAGUGGUUGUUUUUGUUUGUGUAAAGACCGUACCUGUGCCUUGUGUGCCACAUGAGGAACGAUACCUUAUUGGUCGAAUUGGUCCCAAAUCUUACCGAUUGUAUCGAUGCAUUGUUCGAAAUGGCUAUAAAGAUGUAUACAGUCAUGCAAAUGAUUUUGAAAAUGACCUGGUGAUGAGCAUAGCAGAAUUCAUUCAAUUGGAAGCUGAAGGUUGCUCUGGACAUGCAGAAGGCUCAGCGGAUGGACGGAUGGCAGUGGUUAGGACAUCAGGGAAGUUUGGGACACGAUUGCUAAUGUCAGAAUCUGCCGGUUUUGGGGAAGGAAGCAAUAUUAGUCUUCCUGGAACUUUGACUGUUACUAGCAGUAAAUCUCCAACAUUGAAGGGGCUGCAGUCCAUGUAUGAGCGGGAAUCGCCUGAAGUCAACACUGGACGACGAAUUCGGUUUGAGUUGCAAAAUGUAACAUAUAAAGACUCACGUGUCAAGGAAGAACUCAUGGAACUUGUAGAAGCCAAGCGCACUGGAUCAACGUAUGUAAUAGGUCAUUCUCACGUAAAGGCCAAAUGGAACUCAUCCUUUAUAAAGAAGUUCGCUAUCAACCUCUACUCUUUUCUCCGGAAAAAUUGUCGAUCACCUGUAGUAGGACUAAACAUUCCUCGGAUUUCUCUGAUUAAGGUAGGAAUGAAUUAUCAUGUGUAG